AUGUGGCCAGUUUGGGCGAAUGCCAUCUCUGACUUCGAUGUAGGGACUCAAGAACGGAUACAGCCAUCACACCAUCGUGGCUCUGUGCUGGAGACACUCUGCAACCGACAGUUGUCCUGGGCAAAAGCUACAGCGAUAGGUUCGUGGAUCGUCCGAAGUCGGGUCGCGCCCUACCUAUCUCAUGCUGCUGUGGCGGAGGCUGUGCUGGGUGCCCAAAGCAGGGCAGCACAGUGGCAGAGCGCCCUCGCAGUUCUUCGGGGCUUGGGAACGCAUGGAGGAGGGCAGCGCUGCACCAGCGCUGCCAUCACGGCCCUGGCCCGGAGCGAGAGCAACGCAUGGCCUCGGGCGAAGGCGCUCUUGGCAACUGCGACGACCUGCGACAGCAUCAUGUACAAUGCGGCGAUCCAUACCUGCAGACCGGUCUGGAUUGAAGCGGUGGGACUUUGCUCAGGCAUGGAGCAGCGGGGCUUGCGGCCAGACAUUGUGAGCCUCAAUACCUUGAGCCGGCAUAUGAGCUGGCAGGCUGCCUGGCAGGUGGCCUUGGCGUCUUUGGAUAUCUUAAAAUCUCGCAGUCAUCGACCGGACACGGUGAGCUACAGCAACGCCAUGAGCUCACAGGACUGGAACCGUGCCGCAGGCCUGUUCUCGACCAUGUGCUCCUCACUGCCCUCGCGUCCUGUCGGAAUGAGCCUGGGCAGUCUCUUUGCUGCUCUUCGCACCAGCCCAGAAUGGGAGCGAGCGCUAUCUUUCUGUCGGCUCAUGCCACCAGAUGCAAGCAUGAUUAAUACCAUCGGCUCUAUGGCUACGAAGGCUACGGCGUCGCUGCAAUCCUGGCGUGCGGGUCUGCGGAUGCUCAUUGAGAUGCCCAGCCGGCAGCUGCAAAGAGACACCCUUACUCGGAGCCUCCUCCAUGAGCUGCAGCUCAGCUCCUGGAGACAAGGCCUUGCUUUCUCCCUCUCCGAGCCUCGGCCUCGAGUCUCAAAGUCGGAUGUGGGAUUUGCCUUCGGGGAAGCGCCAGGGCCGGGGCCGCAGGCGCUCUCCUGGGAGCGUGCCCUGCGGAAGUUGAGGGCGGGGAGCCGCGAAGCCUCUGCUCCGGCCACGGCCGCGGCUCUGACCCUGGCGCUCCGAGGCCUCAGCAGCCUGGCGGACAGGGCGGACAGGGCGGACAGGCGCCGAUCCGUGCUCGCGUGCUUCGAGCUGCUGGAAGACUUCGGGGAAGCGGUGGACGUUUGCACGUACCUCUGGUGCCUCGCGACUCUCGUGCGCCUGUCGCCAACAUCGCGAGACCCAGAAGCUCUGCAGGGUGUGCAUCGUGAAGUGGGCCGUGCGAUCGCAAAGGAAGGGUUGAGCUGCCACGAGCUGGCGGUCGUCGCCUGGUCUUUCUGUAUGCUUGGCCUUCGCAGUGAGGGAGGGGCUCUGGCAGGAGGCUUUUGCCUUCUCUCGCAGCUGCAGCUGGAGGCUUUCAAUGACCGGGACCUGAUGCUGCUGGCCUGGGUCCUGGGAGCCACCGCCACGGACUCUCCGGAGUCGGUGAAGGAACUGCAGGCCGUGCAGGAAGACAUGUGCAGAAGGUUGGAGCUUUUGGAGCUCCCCAUGACCUUGCGCCACAUGCCCAUAAAGUCGCUGCGAGGGCUGUUGCGGGAUGCUUUGGGAGCACUUUGGUCCUACUCGCGAUGUUCCUUGACCAGCAGCCGUUUCAGGGAGGUUUUGCAGAGGAAGCUGAAAGGCCUGGGAGGACUCUUGGAUGGCAGCCCAUCCGGGGCUUCAUGCGUGACACCACCAAGACAGAGAUCGAAGCGCGAGCGUGCCGGCCCUGCAGGCCGUUUGCAGCGGGUAGGCUGGUACCAGGAUGCCGGGGGGCCUCGGAUCAAAGCGGACCUCCCUGAGUGCUGGGUUGUCUUCAAGCCCUGCGGUUGGGAGGUCCAUAACCGCAAUGUCGAGAAUCAGGUCGCCUCGUGCUUGCAGAUCCACGGCAAGCCCAUCACUUUUGAUUCCUCGCACGACUUUGGCUUCUUGCACCGCCUAGAUGUUCCAAGCUCCGGGCUUCUACUCGCUGCAAAGUCAUAUGAAGCCUUUUACAACUUCAAGUUUCAGCUUGCAGCCGGCAUGAUAACGCGGGAGUAUACUGCCUUGUGCCACGGGAUCCUGCCUCAAAGCUCGAGAGAGAUCCGAGCCGGCAUUUUCUGGGACUCGUCCCUUGGGCCCACGCGAUCGGGCGGGGCAGGCAAGCCUUCUUGCACCUGUCUGGCUGUGACGAGGUCUUUCUGGAAAGGUCCUCUGACCUUCAGCCUCGCGGUGAUUUUGAUUGAUUCGGGACGCCGACAUCAGAUCCGAAGCCACUGCGCGCAUGUUGGGCACCCGAUCGUUUGCGAUGCCAAGUACGCGUCCGCGAAGGCUUGGCGGGAGGAUGCCAGGCUGUGCUCUCGGCACUUCCUCCACCGCUCCCGCCUGAAAUUCUUCGUGAACACGGCGGCGGAAGCAGCGGUGGCCGAGAGCUUCGAGGAGCCGCUGCCUUUGGAGCUGGUGGCUUGCCUGGAAACCCUGGAAGGCUUUCACGCGGAGUGGAUGCAACCAGGGGCCACUGAGGGCUGGGCCGCUGCCGUUGAACAUCUCGCGAACUUCAAGCAGAGGCGCUGCCAAAGAAGCACAGCAGUCGUUUGCAGCGUCGCUUUGGCAGAUCUUGCACGUCGGCGUGGAUGGCAUCAGGCUGCCAGUUUGCUGAAGCUGAUAAGGGCGCGUACGAUUGCAGUCGACGAGUUCAGUUACAAUUCAGGAAUAUUCGCUUGUCGCCAUGUAGCCACAUGGAGUCAUGCCGUUGCUGGGCUGCUGACGAUGGAGACGGAACGCUUAGAACCAGAUGCUUGCACCUGCCAUGCACUCGUGAGUGCUUAUGAGAGUGGCAGCCGAUGGCAAUCAUCCUUGCGCUGUCUGGAGCUUCCUUUCAGCUCCCGGAGUGGUCUGGCAUGUAGCAAUGCCAUGCUAAGCGCUUGUGCAAAGGCCAGAAGGUGGCUGCAGGCGCUGCAUCGCCUCUUCCUCCAGCCCAUGACAGAUGUCAUCAGCUGGAACGUGGUGAUUUCUGCUCUCGGCAAAGGUGGUUGGAAGGUGGCACUUGGAUGUCUUCAAGCGUGUCGCAGAAGCUUCGUCGAGCCCGAUGCCGGCACCCACAACUUGAUCACCGUCGCCUGCAAAGGCAAAGAGGCCUGGCAGAGGGCACUGCUCUGGGGAGGCGGCUCGCCUUCGGCCGUGACGGCGGCGGCCACCACGGGCCGCAUUGAGGCGAUGCGCCACGGAGGUGUCUCCACGUGGCCUCUCUGCCUCUCUGCUCUUUUGGAGACCUCUUCUGAUCCGGUAUUGGUGUCGGCAGCUUUGGGGAAUUUGGCUCUUGCGGGGCGGCUGAACGACUUCGAAGAUUUGCUGGAAAAGGAAAAGCCCGGGCUCGACCCUCCCCUUCGGCUCUGGGCCCUUGCGAAACUCGCGGUCUUGGCCCAGCUGUCGCCUUCGGCGCGUCGCUCCCCGCAGCCGGAGCGGCUCUUGGGCGCCCUGGCGGAGGCCCAAGAAGACGGCAGCGCCCCGGAGGCGGGCACGAAGACUUUGACGCGGCUCUGGUGGGCUCUGUCCGUGCUGCAGGCCUCCAGUCCUCGCUUUGAUAAGGCUUUGGCGGCAAGGUCCCUAGAGAGACUCGAGGACUUCCCGGACAAGGAGCUGAUGCUGGUUGCCUGGGCGGUGUCGGGCAAGGGUCCUUUGCUGCAAGUUUCCGUGUUGCGAGCUAUACAAGCAGAGCUGCUACGCCGAAUUGCUCGCACUUCUAGUGUCGUCCUAAGCCCGGAACUCGUUCGAUGCAUCCUGGGAGUGGUGUGGUCUUGCAGUUUCAGCAGUGGCUUGAUGGAAGGCUUUUACAUGGUCGCAUGGCGCGCUUUGUGUCGGCAUGGUCGAGGCUUGGACAAAGGCCAAAAGGGCACAGGAGCACCAGCGGGAGCCUCCUUAUCCAAUGCGACUUUCAGUCCGGUCGGCGUCGAAGCUCCGCGAGUUGUGUUGGACUUGUCGGAGACACUGGCGAUUCUGAAGCCACCUGGCUGGGAAGUUCACGAUGAAAGUGCCGACGCUCGAGAGACACAGCAGCUCCUGCAGUACGUCAGAAGCCUUGUCGGUCAGCAGAGGAUGCCCAUUCUUCAGGAUCCUGCCUGCAAUUUUGGCUUCCUGCAUCGACUGGACGUUCCGAGUUCAGGCUUGAUCCUGGCCGCCAAGUCCUUCAAGUCCUACUUUGACUUGCAGGCCCAGUUGGCGUCGGGAAGGCUGCUUCGAGAUUACGUGGUCCUCUGCCAUGGCCUCAUCUCAGCCAAGCUGACCAUCGAGGCGCCUCUCUCCUGGCUCAGCGACGCGAGCGACGCCCUGGGCCCCACGCCCACGCGAAGCGGGGCCUUUGGGAAGCCGGCGCGAACGGAGCUCACCCGAGUCCGAGCGGUGCACAGCUGCAAGGGCUCUUCCUUCGGCUUCUGUAAGAUUCGCAUUCGCACCGGACGUCGGCAUCAGAUCCGGAGUCAUCUCGCCUACGUGGGUUUUCCGGUGGUCUGUGAUGGGAAGUACACCGCGCAGGAGACCUUCGAAAGGGACUGCUUCUGGUUCCCGCGGAAGAGGAACGCCCUGCACCGCUUCCGCGUUUCUUUCCGAGAGGGGGGUUUAGGGACUUGUUGUGCCGUGACCGAGCCGCCUGGAGAAGACUUUCGCAAGGCACUGGACCAGAUAGCAUGGGACGAUGUGCUCAACUCCUGA